AUGACGAUUCCGGACGAGGUUGAUAUCAUCGUCACCGGUGGUGGUUCGUGUGGUUGCGUCGUCGCUGGCCGUUUGGCCAACCUCGACCGCAACCUCCACGUGAUGCUCAUCGAGGCUGGCGAGAGCAAUCUGAACGAUCCAUGGGUGUUCCGGCCUGGAAUUUACCCGAGGAACAUGAAGCUGGACAGCAAGACCGCUUCGUUCUACUACUCGCGGCCUUCGGAGUGGCUGGGCGGUCGUCGUGCUAUCGUCCCUGCCGCCAACGUUCUGGGCGGCGGCAGCAGCAUCAACUUCAUGAUGUACACGCGCGCCUCCGCCUCGGACUACGAUGACUUCCAGGCAAAGGGCUGGACCACCAAGGAGCUGCUCCCGUUGAUGAAGAAGCACGAGACGUAUCAGCGAGCCUGCCAGAACCGGGACCUGCACGGAUUCGAGGGCCCGAUCAAGGUUUCUUUCGGCAACUACACCUACCCGAUCAUGCAGGACUUCUUGCGCGCCACCGAGUCGCAGGGAAUCCCUACCACCGACGACCUCCAAGAUCUCGUGACUGGCCACGGUGCCGAGCACUGGCUGAAGUGGAUCAACCGCGACACGGGUCGCCGGUCCGACUCGGCGCACGCUUACAUCCACAGCACCCGGUCCGUCCACCAGAACUUGCAUCUCGUCUGCAAUACCAAGGUCGACAAGAUCAUCCUGGAUGGCGACACGGCGGUAGGCGUCCAGACGGUACCCGCCAAGCCGUUGCACCCCAAGCAGAAGCAAGAGCCCAAGAUCUACAGGGCUCGCCGGCAAAUCAUCGUCAGCGGCGGCACGCUGAGCUCGCCGCUCAUCCUCCAGCGCUCUGGCAUUGGUGACCCCGAGAAGCUCCGCAAGGCCGGCGUCAAGCCCCUCGUCAACCUUCCCGGUGUGGGUCUGAACUUCCAGGAUCACUACCUGACAUUCGCACCCUACCGGGCGACUCCCGAGACCGAGUCGUUCGACGACUUCGUCCGCGGCGACCCCAUCGUCCAGCAAAAGGUCAUCGACCAAUGGAACCUCAACGGCACCGGCCCGUUGGCGACCAACGGCAUCGAAGCUGGUGUCAAGAUUCGGCCCACUGAGGAGGAACUCAAGUGGAUGGACACGUGGCCGUGCCCCGAAUUCCGGUCCGGGUGGGAGAGCUACUUCAAGGACAAGCCCGACAAGCCCGUCAUGCACUACUCGGUCAUCUCCGGCUGGUUCGGUGACCACAUGCUCAUGCCUCCGGGCAAGUUCUUCACCAUGUUCCACUUCCUCGAGUACCCAUUCUCGCGCGGUUCGACGCACAUCGUCUCGCCGAACCCGUACGAGGCGCCCGACUUCGACGCCGGCUUCAUGAACGACCGCCGCGACAUGGCCCCGAUGGUCUGGGGCUACAUCAAGUCGCGUGAGACGGCGCGUCGCAUGAAGGCGUACGCGGGCGAGGUGACGUCCAUGCACCCGUUCUACGCAUACGACUCGGCGGCCAAGGCCCAGGACCUCGACCUGGCCAACACCAAGGCGUACGCCGGGCCAGACCACCUCUCGGCGGGCAUCCAGCACGGCUCGUGGAGCCGGCCGCUGGAGGCGGCCAAGGAGACGUCGCCCAACUACCUCAACUCGGCGUGCCAGGGUCUGCGCGACGACCUGGAGUAUACCAAGGACGACUUGCUGGCUAUCGAGGACUGGGUCAAGCGGCACGUCGAGACGACCUGGCACUCGCUGGGCACCUGCUCGAUGGGCCCGCGCGGCGGCAACAGCAUCAUCAAGCACGGCGUCGUCGACGAGCGGCUCAGCGUGCACGGCGUCAAGAACCUCAAGGUGGCCGACCUGUCCAUCUGCCCGGACAACGUCGGCUGCAACACGUACUCGACGGCGCUGCUCAUCGGCGAGAAGUGCGCCGUGCUCACGGGCGAGGACCUGGGCUACAGCGGCUCCGCCCUCGACAUGAAGGUCCCGACGUACCACGCCCCGAGGGAGAUUACUCACCUCUCCAGGCUGUAG